AUGAACGGAAAGACAGAAUCCUACGCCAUUUUGCGCGGUGAAGAUGCCUAUCCCAUCAAACAAUCGAUCUGGUCUUCCUUUACCAAGCUGGCCAAGGAGAAACCUGACCAUGUCGUCGUCAUCUCGCGAACGCAACCUACCGACCUCCUGGCGUCUGUUGUCGGUACUUCGUCCAAUGUUUCCACCACUGGUCUUGAAUGGACAUGGUCGCAAAUCAUACAAGGCGGGUUGACCAUUGCUUCUGUUUUCAACGACCAAGGCGUCAAGCCGAACUCUGUGCUCCUCGCUUUUCUCCCUCCAGUGUGCGCGGAGUGGUCUCUGCUCUGGAUGGCGGCAAACUGUUUCGGAGUUACCAUAGUCACUAUUGACGAACGAGCUCUUGAGCCAGCAAGAGUAGAUGAAUUGACUUUCUACAUCCGCUCUCUCCAGCCGGGUAUCGUAGUUGUCCAUGAAUCCAAUGGUGCUGAUGCAGUGAAUAGAGUCUGUGAAGAAGUACAGCAUUCGGUCGAUUGCAAGUUAACUCUCGAUGCUGGCGAGGGAGCACAUGGUUGGACUGGAUUAGCAAGCUCUGAUGUAUCUAUCGAUACAAGAGGCUUCACUCCCAACACUCAAGACAGAGAUCUCAACCGCACAGCUGCCAUCUUGUUCACUUCGGGAACUUCAACUGGCCAACCCAAAGGCUGUCCUCUGACAGAAAGUAACCUUCUUCACGGCUGGUCUGUUCAAAACCCUGCCGUUGCUACAAACACGGACAUGCCCUUGAAAUCCAUCAUGAUGUUUUCAAACUCCCGAGCCAUAAACCUUGCUUUGAGUAGCUUGUGCUGGCUUGAAAGUGGGACGCUCGUGUAUCUUGCGACAGGCUUUACACCCGAAGGAAUGCUAGCAACCAUCGAACAAGAAGACAUUACUUCCGUCAUAUUCAUUCCACCGAUGCUGGGUGCAGUGGUGAAACAUCCAUCAUUCUCGAGCGAGAAGAUUAAGAGCUUGGCAAGAAUCAUUGUUGGUGGAGACAUAGCAUCAACAAACAUCCAAGACUUGCUAUCUGGAUGGGCAAUGACCGAAGGGCUUUGGGUGACUGGAUGGCCUUCCAACCGAGUUCCAGAGCGUAUUCCUGCAUCUAUGGGUCUACUGGCGCAAGGAACAAUCCUUCCCGGCAAUGUUCUCAAGAUUGUCAACAAUGAGGGAGGCAUUGUAAAGAGAAGGGAGCCUGGAGAUAUUCACGUUCAAAGUGCAUGCAUCAUUCAUGCAUAUUUAGAUGACGUAGCGCCUGAUACUUUCUAUGAGGAUCAAGAUGGAAGAUGGUUCAAGACUGGCGAUGUCGGUUUCGUCGAUGAAGAUGGUCUGUUUUACGUCAUGGGAAGAAAGAAAGAUAUCCUCAAGCGCCUCGGUAUCCCAAUCCCACCCAUCUUGUUAGAAAACGUGCUUUCUCAGUUUGGAGGAGUCCAGGCAUCGAUUUUUGGUCUUCCUAAUCCAGAGCUUGGGGAGGAAGCAGUAGCAGUUGUUCUAGACAUGGCAGGCACGACACCCGAGAAGCUACAAGACCUGGCUGUGGAGCAUUUGGGCCCGGAUUAUCCCAUCAGUAAAGUGUUUACGCUACAAGAGUUGGGCAUGCAAAAGUUCCCGGUCAACGUGACAGGAAAGGUCAUGAAGAUUGAACUGCGCAAAGCUGUGGAGGAUUUGCUGUCGAAGAGAGAGUCAUCUUGA